AUGGAUCCGAUGGAUAUAGUUGGAAAAUCCAAGAAAGAUGUAUCGCUUCCAAAAGCUACAAUGACUAAGAUUGUAAAGGAGAUGUUACCAGCAGAUGUUAGUGUUGCUAGAGAUGCUCAAGAUCUUCUCAUCGAGUGUUGUCAUAAUCAAGUAUGUAACAAAGAUAAACGAACAAUCGCACCUGAGCAAGUACUCAAAGCACUUCAGGUUCUUGGCUUUGGCGAAUACGUUGAAGAAGUCUACACUGCUUAUGAGCAACAUAAAUACAAAACCAUGCAAGAUUCACAGAGGAGCGUAAAGAUGACCAUCGGAGCAGAGAUGACGGAGGAGGAAGCAGAAGCUGAACAACAGCAAAUGUUUGCUGAAGCUCUAGCUAGAAUGAAUGGUGGUGGUGGUGGUUUUUCUGUUCCUCAACCAGAUCAAGAGCAACUAGAUACUCAACAGUCAAAUCUACAAAGCUAA